GGGUGCGGAAAAGCGGUGUCGCGGAAAAUGCAUUUCCCGGUGGUGCAAGGCGCAGGCGGUUCGCGCGGGGGGAGGUGCAUGCGAUGAUGGACAUCGUAUUGAUUUCUAUCUGCCCGCUCCUCCCUUAUUGUAGCGGUGCAGGGCGCGCCAUCGAUCGUUGCACCGGUUUUUAAAUUAACACCCCGUCAUCUGUGGCUGCGGCCUCUUGCGCCUUCCACCCUCGCGCUCGCGCGUGCAGUUGUUGCAGCGUGCAUCGCGCGCCACACGCUGCAAUUGCAGUUGCAGUGUUAAGUGAACUGUAGUGAAUUUUUAUUUUAUUUUGAACAUUCGAAGCAGCUGCGUUACGUGGCCGUCUUUUACGGCCUACGACGGUAUCUACGACGUGUUUAUUGCACUCUAAUGAUGAGCCACUGAUGAACAUUUCGUGGAAAAAGCCAUUAGUCGAGUGACACUAUUUUUAAUUAAAUGCAUUUCAUUUUUUAACAUGUGCUCGAAUCAAAACACACAACCAAAACGCAAUACUCAAAACACAAUAACAAGCUUUAAAAUAAAAUAAUUCGAAACAAAUAGCAAUAAAGGAGACAAAUAAAGCGUGGUUAUAAAAAAAAUUAGAAAAAACGCGAGCGGUGACGCAGCUAAGCGAGCAAGCAAGCUAAGGAUAAGCGUUAGAAAAGCAGCAAGAGUGGGUGAUUCAAGAGCAGUAAGCGUGGAAUGCGCAAGAGUGGAGUAUAGCGCGCACGCACCUAACGGCCCCGCCGUGCCGCCCUCAGAACACCCGGCCAUGGCGACCGAAACUGGCGGCGCCGCGGUCGGCGCGGGCGGCGAGCAACAAUACUCGCUGCGCUGGAACGACUUCCACUCGGCCAUGGUCUCCUCCUUCCGGCGCCUGCGCGACGAGCAGGACUUUGUCGACGUCACGCUCGCCUGCGCCGGCGCCACCUUUUCUGCACACAAGGUGGUUCUAUCAGCGUGCAGUCCCUACUUCCGUCGUUUGCUAAAAGCCAAUCCUUGUCAGCAUCCCAUCGUCAUCCUGCGAGACGUUCACGACAAAGAUAUGGAGAGUUUACUCAGGUUCAUGUAUCAAGGCGAGGUGCACAUCGGGCAGGAGCAACUCAAGGAGUUUUUGCGCGCGGCGCAGUUGCUUCAAGUGCGCGGGCUCACCGAUGUGCCACCGCCCGCGCCGCUUGCCACCAUCGAACAAAAGUCAUCACCGCAAUCGGCAUCAUCAUGGACGGAGAGCGGGUCAGUGGCAUCCCGUGAGGGCCGCGAGGGCCGCGAAGGAAGGGACCGCGAGGGCCGACGCGCGCGCAAGCCCGACGACGCCGCUGGCACACCGCCGCCUAAGCGCGCGCGCUCCUCCGAUCUCUACCAGGCGCAAUUGAAGAGCAGGUGUAGGACGGAGCAGCUUUUGGUCGCGCAGGGCGCGAGCCCCGAGCGGCUCGCCGCCAACGGCCACGAGCUCAUGUUUGGCCAGUCACUCGACGCCUCAAAUCCGCACCUUUCUACUUCUAACAACUUGUCAGGCGACGGCGAGGAGUCAUCGUCAGAUGCAGGCGCGAGCGAUACGGAGGGCGAACCGCGCGCUAAGCAAGAGCCGCUCGACUACGACGACGCCGCAGCCGCUGCGCUACCCAACUCCAACGGUGCUCUGCCGCACAACUUUCCCAACCUGCUCAAUCUGCCCGGAUUCCCAGGACUCCCAGGCCCUUCAGGAAUGCCAGACAACUUCGGCGCAUGCCGUCGGACUCAGGACCUGCUGCGCGUGCGCGCCACAGACCCACGGCCCUGUCCCAAGUGCGGUAAGAUCUACCGCUCAGCGCACACGCUACGCACGCAUCUCGAGGAUAAACACACCGUAUGCCCUGGAUACCGAUGCGUGCUGUGCGGUACGGUGGCCAAGUCGCGUAACUCGCUGCACUCACACAUGUCGCGGCAGCACCGCGGCAUCUCCACUAAAGACCUGCCUGUACUGCAGAUGCCCACGCGUUUCGACCCCGAACUCGCUAGCCAGCUGCUGGCCAAGGCGGGCGUGAAAGUAUCUCCGGAGCAGCUGCGCGCACGCGCGUCACCGACAGGCCCGCGCCGCUCCGAUAUCAAGCUGGACGCCAAAUCAGCUGCCUCAGAGACAUCGUCGCUGUGUGGCGGCGACGACCACGACGACCUUUCCCAGUCUCGCUACCAAGACAGCUUACCCGUCUCACCACCACAUAUAAAUAGCCUAGCGAACACGACAAUCACCAAAGUGCCGGCGGUGCGCGCUGUCACCGCCAAAGCUGUGGAGAGCCUGCCGCACGGCCUGAGCGGUCUCGGACCCGACGACUACCGGCCCGGCUUCGGCGCCGGUUCCGCACUACUCGACACCUACCUGCAAUACAUCGGGGAGAACCUCGCAGGCAUGAACGCGGCGAAGUUGGCGCAGAUGAACGCGAUGCACAUGGAUCGGAAGACGUACGACGAGCCUUCGCCGCAGAUGGGCUCGCUGCCGCCGCCGCCGACCACGCUGGCGCAUCAGCGCUACCUUAAGCAGAUGCAGCGCCAGUACACCGACAAUAUGAGCAAACCGGACAUCGCGCGCGACGCCGACGAGCCGCUGGACCUCGGCAAGGAGCGGCCGCGCAGCGCAGUGGUGGGCGCGGACGGCGAGGGCGACCGGCACGAGGCGGACAAGGAGGGCGAGUACUACGGCAAGGAGUACGAGGAGGGCCGCGCCGCCAGCGCCGAACGCGACCUGGAUCGCCACGAGUCCGAGUACGCGGAGGAGGAACGCGCCCACGCCCGCGCCGCCGCCUCGUGAGCCGCCUCGCGCCUCACCACGCUUUGUUGAAGAUUUCAAACGGUGCUUGAGUGUUAUGUUUUAUGGCCGCUAGCCGGCCGGUUCGUUUUGCGAUUAAUGUAGUUGCGGUUUCAUUGUUGACCCGUGGAAUGUCGUUGGUGCCAUUUCCGAUAUUGUAAUGUAAAUUAAACUUAGUAUUUAAUACUUGGGAGGGCCCGCUCCACUCCCCGCGGCAAAGGCCGCGGCCCUUUCACGAGUAGCCCCUCACUCACUGUCGUAGUCGACGCCACUCGCGUGCGGAAUGUAGUAUCGUAAAAGACUAGCGUAGUAUUUUGUAACGUGUAUGUAAGGUCCCCCUCACGUAGCUGGACCUCUACAUAGUAAUUCCAUCCAUCUACCUCAGCGACCGGGCCUUAACGGCUGCGUUAUUAUAUCCACAAAAAUUGUGAAUUCCAUCCAUCUACCUCACUUCAAUAGAUUUUAUUUAAUAUUUUAUACAAUUUAUAGAUAUAAUAACUGUUGUUUUAUGCAUUUUGCAGAUGGCAUUUAUAUACUAUAUAGAGUAUAUCGUAGGUAAAUAUAUGCAAGUCAGUAGGUGAUGUUAGUGCUGCCCGUAGACACGUCGUGUACCGUUUGUUCAAACGAGUAGAGUUCGCACUCACUAGAGGCAGUCAGUAGCUCACAGUCACCGCCGCGCGGGCGGCCGCGGCAAUCGCCGACUCGCAAGCCGCGAACCGCCGCCGCCUACGCGUUCUCAUCUUGAUCAACGCACUAACUUUUAUGUGUAGACACAUAGUUAUCUUUGUAUACGAACAAAUAUGACAGAGCUUAAAUUCGUACUGUUAUUGAUUACUAUACUUAUUAUAAAUCGAUUCAUAUAAUGACGUUUGUGUACCUCUACGUGUAGAGAAUCGUUAACUGCAAUCGUUUAUUAAAGUACAACGCGACAAUUAUAAUAUUAUUACGAUUGUAGUAAAAUUGAUACAAACAAAAAAGAAACGUAAAGACCUAUACUGCCUUGAGACUGAAUAAGAUAUUCAAGGGCCAGCCGCGCGGCUCUCCCGCGCAGCGGAUUUAAAGUUCAAAAUGAGAACAAAAGGGACGUUGUAUAUAAAUUGAGGUGAUAUGUAAAGUACCGUAAUGAUAACAAAUAGAAACAAAAGCAAUAAAUAAAGUAUACCUUGAUGUUGCCUUCGAUUGUGUAUAUAGGACGUGUAGACGAGUUGUAUUGGUUUGUGACGGAUGAACCUUUUAUUGUAUUGUAAUAGACACGAGGAGGAUUACUUUGUAGAAUGAUAAUGAUGUGGGCUCGUUACUUAAAUAACAAUUACUGUGAUUACAAUCUCAUAUUAGCCUUCAUACUUUAUACAUAUUUUUUAGAGUACAAUGUUAUAGUUAUUUAGUAUAUCGUAAGAGUAAUUGGUAAGCGAGUCACAAAUUAUAUUUACUUCCCUGAACUUUAGGAUUCACAAUAUUUAAGUAAUUAGAGCAAUAGGUGAAGCAUUUAAUCUUUUAUAUGAGAGAACGUGUGCACUCGGCGGCGAGCCGCGGCAGCGGAAGCGCACGCCUUUCGCAACCGAGCCCGUGCGGCGCAGCCGCCGCUCAGCCGCCGCGCGCGCACCUAGAAUAAGCGCUACGGGUUGAUCGAGUAUAAUUUAGUAUAUUAGUGAGAUUGACGAGUUGGACAGUUUGGUUUGCGUUUCUAGAUUAACCUUGUUGACAGUUAACAGUGUUGCCAUAGUGAGUAAUUAUUUUUGACAGUAUUUAAAAUAAGUUUCGAUUGUUUAGAGAGACGAGUGCUUCGUUCGUGUUUGAUUAGUACGUUAGGUAAAGAUUAACUCUGUAUAAUAUGUCGCCGCCCUGCGGCCAAAGUUCCGACCUCGGAUGCACGUAUACCUUACAAAUAGCAUUAACCAAUAGCAGUUACCAGAUUGUAUCUAAUUAAGCAGAAGUAUAUUUUUUCAAAGCACACAUAGAUACGCAGAUGAAGAGCAGCGGGCGAGCACAACUCGCGUCGGAUGGAGACCCCUCUACCUUUCACCCCUGAGCUAACCGCCGCCGGGACUUUUGCCCGACCGCUGCGUCGUUAUUAAUACAAAAUAUUAUAUACCAGUGAAGAUAUAUUAAUUAGGACUUUAAGUCGAUCAUUAUUCUCUCUGUAUUGUAUAAAUUUUACGUUUAGUUACCUCUUCGCGAACUUCGGAAGUUCUAUUAUGUUUUUUCUUUUAUUUUAAAUGCAUAAUAACAAUGUCUGUACCUCAUUAGCAUGAUUACGUAAUAAUUGUAUCAUUUAUUUGCACACGCAUAGCACUGUAGCACGUCGCCUUAAGGCACUGUAGUGGUCAAUAAAGUUUCCAUGAAAUCCUAAUAACGGGAUUUAUGCUACUUAUUACGAGAAACGGUGACCUCUAACAAGUGCUACGCGAAACGCGACAAUGAAGCAGUGCGACGGAUGACCAAUUCUCAGUACACUGUUGACGGUUUUAAUAGUACCAAAAAAAUCCAUUUUGACUAUUUUACAAAGAACUGUUAGUUGUUAGAAAUCAUAUGGAACAUAGAUGUCUGUGUUAUCUUACCAUCUAGAAGUGCUAGUGAAACCGCGAACAGGUAAAAAGUAAUAAAAUACUAUAAAAGCACAAAAUUAUAAAUAAGUUGAAUCUCAAAUCCAAUGUCAAAAUAGCUGUUAAUUCCGCGUUGCUCUCACCGGCUCUUGGCGUCAGUUUCUUAAAACCGUGUUUCACGUUGAUUUUAUAUAUUUAAUUUGUCAAUCAGUAGUUCUACUUUAAAAUUCGCUUAUUCAAUGUACUUGUUACAAGGUUGCAAUAAGAAAAUGUAAGCGUAGCUUUUUGUUUAUUGACAGCAGUUCAGGGGCUUGACCAUCUAACCCGAAAGUCAGCCAUUAUAUUCAAAGUGAAAUGUUGUCAUUUGAAAACCCAUUUGCUGUUUCAAUUUCUAAAGUCCAUUCAUGCUUUUAGAAAUUGUAAAGGAUUUAAGAUUUCCCUCUGAACGCCGAGCUGGCUUUCAAUUUUGGUUAGGGAGCUGUUGUUCUUUGUAGGUUUGUUAUUUGCUCCUGGAUACACGGUAUUCGGCUGGUCGCGUUGAAUACACUAGCGCCACAACCUCACAUAAUACGUUAACUGUAUUUACAUCCGACACGACUUUUUACUAACAAAGGUAUACAAAAUAAUUCAUAUGAUAGUUCUUAUGUCAAUGUCAAAAAUCGUGUCGGAUGAUGUGAAAUCGGCUUUUUGAAAUAUUGUUUUGUUUAUCGAUUCGGCCACCGCGCCUUCGCCGUGUACAUUAGUGUACUAGCUGUACGCUGCU